GGCUCGCCGGAGGCUUCAAAUGGGCCGAGGGGGAACCGUUCUGCACAGCGACAGAACCGAGAUGCAGCGACUCAACGUGCUCGUGUGCCUCGCAGCCUGUGUGGCUUCGUCUCUGGCCACCAUCUUGGACCCCAGAGGAGCGCGGCCGGUGGAGCAAGGCACCAGAUCGGAUAAAUGUGCCUCUGAGAAGGAGUGGCCUUUCUGCACCGACGACCAAUGGGGCUCCAAGUGCCCGUCGGGCUGCAGGAUCCAGGGUCUGAUGAACCACUACGACCACGAAGCCCUGACGAAGAUCGAGAAGAUCCGCAGCCUCCUGGAGCAGAACCGGGCCAAGCACCGCUCCACGGACCUGGUCACCAAGGAGACCUACGGACACCUGACGGAGAAGCUCACGCUGGACGCCGGUAACGAUAACAACUACUACGACCUGGCCCAGAAUCUGCGUAAGAGGAUCACAGACAUGAAGAUCAGGAUCGACCGACAGCUGGGGGUCCUGCAGGCCCUGAAGGAGCGGGUCAGAGACCAGGUGGUGGAGAUGCAGAGGCUGGAGGUGGACAUCGACAUUAAGCUCCGCUCCUGCAAAGGUUCCUGUAAAAGCUACACCCAGUACGACGUGGACCACGAGGACUACACGGCCCUGGAGAAACAGGUCCAGCAGCUGGACUCCCGGUCGCCCGCGAGCGUCCAGUCCGUAGGGACGCUGUACGUGAUGAAGAGCCGGCCGAUGAAGAACACCGUGGUCAACACGCUCCACAAGUCCAAGAACGUGGACGGCGGACAGCAGAGCGAGAACAUGUUCCCCGAUGUGCACACUGUCGAGUUCAUCCUCGAGCAGGAGGGCUCCAUCUCAUCACCGGCAACCAUCUCCAAGGUCUCAGGGACUUCGUACUCUCAGUCUACGCCCUCAUCGGGGUCUUCCUCCUCCUCCUCCUCCUCCACCUCAUCUAAAUCCAUCACCGAGUUCGGGGGCGAUUUCUUUGACAUGGGCGGCGGUGGCGGUGGCGGUGGCGGCCUCAGCCAGCCCAGCACAGGUGGUCACACGUCCACCAAAAGCGUUGGCUGCUCCCGGAGCAUCAGGAAGACCAUCGUCCACUCGAAGGACGGGCCGGUGGAGAAGACGGAGGAGGUGAUAGAGGGAGGACCCGAGUGCCGGGGCAUGACGGACCUCACCAAGGGCGGGAUGGGCUCCCUCUCUCCUGGCUUCACAUCAUCAUCCUCCUCUUCCUCCUCUUCGUCCUCUUCGUCUUUGACCAAGGCCGUCCACACCGGCGGCACCAAGGGUUUUGACCUGAAGGAUCCGUUCGGCGACGACCUCGGCCUCUUUAGGAUGUCCGAAGUCGAGGACGACCUCCCCGACUUCCACGCCCGGAGUGUGAAGAGCUCGCGCACCGAGCGCCACGCCGAUUAUGUAGGAAAAGAUUGUGUCGAGGCCCACCAGAACCACCUGAAAGGGGAAGCGAACGGCCUGUUUAAGGUCAAACCCGGCGGCGCGGACUCCGCUCAGGUAGUGGAGGUUUACUGCCAGCAGGAGGGGCUAAUGGGCGGGUGGUUGUUAGUCCAGCAGAGGGAGAGCGGCGCGCUCGGCUUCAACCGGUCCUGGGCCGAGUACCGCGGCGGGUUUGGCUCGGUCGACGCCGGGGGCAAAGGGGAGUUCUGGCUCGGCAACCAGAACCUCCACCUGUUGACGAAUCAGGGCGAGAGCAUGCUGAAGGUGGAGCUGGAGGAUUGGGAAGGGGGCGUGGCCGUAGCCGAGUACGCGAUCGGGGUCGGCCCGGAGGACGAAGGGUACCCGCUGCGCGUGUCCGCGUAUACCGGGGACGCCGGCGACGCCCUGGCGACGCCCACGUCCCACCUGUCCCACGCGGGGAUGAGGUUCAGCACCUUCGACAAGGACAACGACGGGUGGGAGGAGAGCUGCGCGGUGGUUUACGGGGGCGGGUGGUGGUACAACGGCUGCCAGUCGGCCAACCUGAACGGGGUUUACUAUCGAGGCUCGUACGACCCCCAGAAGAACACGCCGCACGCGGCGGAGAACGGCGUCGUGUGGGCGACGUUCAGACCGGCCAACUACAGCCUGAAGAGCGCCCGCAUGUUCGUCCGGCCGGCCGCCUUUUGACCGGAAGGACCAACAAACACGUUUAUGUAUUUGAACCCAAACAAACAAACUGGGGCUCGUGAAUCAUUCUGAGAUUUCAACAGUCAAACAGCGUCUGUGUGUGUGUGUGUGUGUGUGUGUGUGUGUGUGUGUUUCUUUGUGUAUUUUGUUGUGUAAAUGUCUCCGUUUAUCUCUGAACUCUGCUCACUCAAUAAAGAUCCAAUGUUCACUUCAG